AUGUCGGCCAUGGAUAUCGUUUCCACGGUGACCAUCCUCAUUAAUUUGGGAUUGGAUAUCAAGAACCGACUGCACUCGCUUGACCAAGCUGCCGAAGAGCUUCAACUGCUGACCACCAACCUUGAAAUUUUGUUGACGGUGUUUGAGAGCCCCCGGAACGAGGACAUCUUCAAGACCAAUGCGUUACAGUUCGUGCGUAUCCUGGAUGUCCUAGAAAGCAUUGAACGUUCGUGCAGAGAAUGCGCAAAGGCCUUGGACAUCGACCUUGCUGGAGCGACAAUUGCGACUAAGACAGAGUCGCGUGGCAAGAAACUUGUAUACAGCGUAGUGUCUGCUGUAUUCCUCCAGGACAUGGUGCGACAGGGACGGACGAAUGGGAAGGAAACUGUUGAUUCCGCCGUCGUACAAAAACCAACUCUCCAUGAAAACCUGCUCGACCUGGAUCUCAGCACCGAUUUUGCUAACAUCAACCGGGUGGUGGGAAGCCUCAUGAAGGAAUGUGAAUACCUUCGGGGACGACUCCGGGAGGCUACUCUGUUUCCGGAUUCAUCGGCUGUUCAAGAUUAUCAAGCGGAGAACCCAGAAGCAGCAUCAAUUUGGAAGGAUCGAUUCCAAAAAGACGAACUCGACGCCUCGAUUCUUCGCUACGAGACGAUAUACGUUUCUUGGGCACGCUUCAUACCGACUGGAAUUCAUGAAACCGGAAACAUCGACCUCGUUCGCCAGCACGGAUCUCGCUAUUGCAUCGAUCAAAGCGGCACGUGUCGUCUUUCCACAAUCCGCCCUCUCUGGCUCCCGGCUCUUCGGUCUGCUCUUGACCCGCUACAAAAGGGUUACGUCAAGCCUCACGACUAUUUUAAUCUUCUUCACGACUCCUUCUUGUCUGAAACACUGAGAAGGUUGGCCCUCGAAAGCGCAGGCUAUGGUAAACUUGUCGAAUGUGAAAGGGAAUCCGGGGAUCUUCCCUUGCCGGCGGCAAUUGAGUCCCCUUCUGAUCACGUCGGCUGGAUCUCUGCUCAAUCGUCAUGGAAUCAAGCAACGACGCCCUCUUCGCUUACUUUCAACGAUACUGCCCAAGACGUUCACGUUUACGUCCGCUACCUUCAGACCGGUCAAAUCGAGCGUAAGAGUCUCUCGAAGCGAGUUCGUCCGAUCGGGGGCAUUUCUCUCGGCGCUGCAUUGUCUAUCCGGCAUGAGCUGGAAGCAGGUGAUCAUGCCUGGAGCGGUGACCUUCACAUCACCGAGUUCAAGGCAUGUUACGGGGCGUGGUACAUUAUCACGGCCGGUGUGGUUUCGACUGCUAUUGUGUUUUCACGAUGCCACGCGACGAUGACAACCCUUCAACUUCUGCCAUACCCGGAAUUUGAGUGUACACUUUUGGGCCCGUCGAAGGCAUUCGCCCACCCACCCAAAGUUGGCGAAAAGGUUCAGAUCGGGUACGACGGACUUUGGUACGAUUCGAAAGUCACGGUAGUGGAUGGCGAUGAGAUAGAGUAUAUCGAUUGGGACAGUGCACCGGAGCAAGUCCCAACCGAUAUUACAGAAGCUCAGGACGAUAGUCAAGGGGAUGAGAAAGAUAGCGGCAGCUUUUUCUUUCCCGAUAAGCAGUUGACCCAACUCGGAAAGGGCACGCGGCGGCUGUGGCGAACAUGGCGGAGAAACCUCCAAAGGUACGACGUUCGACCUUAUCGUUGCUUCCAUAUCGGCGACACUAUCCAGGCACCCGUCAUGUACCCGGAUUUCCGAUACCAUUACCAUCUCACCGACAACUCGGAGCUCUACCUUCCUGCUCGAAUCGUUGACGUCCAAGGAGACCAGUAUGUGAUCGAAUUCAACCUAGUGCCAGAAUCAGGCACUAAGGGAGAAAACCCGUUCGACUUUCAUCGCGUGACGGUAGGCAUGGAUCGGGUACGUCCUUUCACUGCGGGGCCACGACCGGUUCUGGGUAUUCAGUCAGCGAAGCCGUCUGGGUGGAGUUCGUUUCAGGGCGUUCGUCUCUGCAAUCUUGAGGAUCUUUUGGAGCGCGGUCUUUGGGACAACGACCGCGAUAGCCAGCGAACGUGA